CGAUUUAUAACAUUUUCUCCAUUAAAAAAAAACACCGCCUCCAUCUUCCAGAUCAUUCUCACCGCCUCGCUUAUCGGUUCCUUCCAUUCCCUACCGGCCUCCAAACCACCGCCUCGGUCGGGUGUUCAUCGGGUUACUGUCGACCAUGGUCACCGCCUCGACCGCUCACCGCUCCACCGCCUCAUCCGUUUAAUAGUCGAACGUUAGAGGUUGUCACUUUUCUCCUCUGUUGAUGGAUUCUGGAGGCUUCGUUUGUAUUUCGCUUGCCUUCUAGAGGGAUAUGAUGAAGACCAGGAAGAGAAUCACUAACAAUCAAAAGUCGAAUCUUAACUCGCGAUUGAUCGGAUAUGUGCUGAUUUGGAUAGGGUUAGUUCGUUAUCCAGACAAGCAACCAGUUCAUCCCCGAUGGAAAACAAGCAAAAGGAUGACUCACCGUUCGUCUGCACUUGGGAAAACACCUUCUGGUAACAGAAGAUUACAAGAUCUAUUGCAGCAACGUCGUAAUCGAACAUGUGAUGACUAUGGUGCACCUGAUCCUAAGUGGGCGUCAGCUAAUAUUGGAGUGUUCAUAUGCUUAAAACGUUGUGGUGUUCACAGAUGUCUUGGUGUUCAUAUUUCCAAGGUUUUACCAAUGACAUUAGAUUCAUGGAGUGAUGCUGAAAUUGAUGCCAUGAUUGAAGUUGGAGAAAAUGCAUCUGCAAAUUCAAUCUAUGAAGCAUAUAUUCCUCAAGGAAUUUCUAAACCUAGACCAGAUGCUACUCAAAAAGAUUGUUCAAAAUUUAUCAGGAACACAUGAAAGAUAUGCUCAGACCAUUUUUCAAUUGCUGUUAUAUGAUUCUGAACUGUGGGAGUUACCCCUGUUCAGAGCACCUUUUCGUCUCCCCUGCUUCGCCUAAAUCGUAUUCAAAUUGCCAUUCCAGUCCUUGAUUUUCCGUCUUCUCCAUCAUCUUCGUUGAGGUUCUGGUCCGAGGUCGGUAAUUUUGUGCUUUUUUUCUACACUUUUUUUUCCAUAUCAGAAAAAUUGAUUGUUGUUGUUGGUUUUUUGGAGAUAGAUUCAAUUUAGCAAUGUACAUUUUUUUUAAUUUUUUUUUUUAUAGCAUACUACAAUACUUUGAUAUCUUUUCUUAUUAACACAUUGUCCUGUG